AUGUCUAAUCCAACAAUCAACAAAGUCGCCAUUUUCGGAGUCACCAUAAUUACUCGCGCCGAGUCCACUUCUACUUUCCCCCGGGGACUUCCCGUCAUUCGCAUCCGCUAUACGCUUGAGGAUCUCACCACCGCGCUUGCCGGCCAGGAUGCCGCUAUCUGCGCGGUCGGCCCUGGCGGGGUUGACUCGCAAGUCACGAUGAUUGAGGCUGCUGAGGCGGCCGGUGUGAAACGAUUCAUCGUGAAUGACUUUGGCUGGGGUCCAGAUUACCGCAGUCUGCCCGAGUUUCGAGCGCCUCAUCUCCGUCGCCGUGCGGGCUGGGACUGUGCGCGAGCCAAGGCCGAGACCAAUCCUAACUUUACUUUUACUGGUAUCACUUCUGGGAACCCUAUCGACUGGGCUAUCAAGAAAUUUCCCCUGAUGGGCUUCGACAUUGCCCAAUCCUCCGCCACAAUCUACGAUACAGGAACCGAGAAUUUCACUGGCACAACCCUCGCAGGUAUCGGGCAGUCGGUUGUGGGUGUCCUGCAGCACCCCAGUGAAACGUCAAACCGAUUCGUCAAAGUCCUGUCGAUCAAAACCAACCAGAACGAACUUCUAGAGGCUUUCCAACGCAGCACAGGUCAAGAAUGGUCGGUGCGGCACGCCUCCGUCCAAGAUGUUGCUCAGAAGGGUCGACAGAAGUUUCAGGCUGGACUGGGUGGUUGGGCACUUGAAAUGGUCGUUGCGCAGAUGUAUGAUGAAGGACAAGCCCGAUGUGUUGUGGCGCCUUCGUGGGAGGAGUCCGAUGCACCACUUCUGGGAGUCGAAAAUGAGACUGCCGAAGGGGUGGUGGCCAAAGUGCUACAGAGUUGA